AUCUCCGAAGAGAAAUCUUAGACGUCCUGGUUCUUACUGGUCACCAGAACAAAGGCCAGCUGUGUCUCAGCUCUCAGAGCAAUCUUUAAUACUGUGGUGGAUCUCUAACUGGGUAUCAGCUGACGCUCGUUGAGAACUCUGUGAUCUGUGAGUGGAAAUAUCUGACUCUGGAAUGGCAGACGUACGAUUUACAGUGUGCUCCAUUUAAAUGUUGUAGAUCUGGUCAAACCCACAGCAGGUGAAGGUCCCAUCCAUUUCCACUGCCUCAUUUGUAUUUGAACCUACUAAGCUUUGCAAACAUGAAUCAAAUCUUUAUCACUGUCCAGAUCAACAGAAGAACACCCCGCCUCUUUAAACUGAGACCACUGUGACUGGAGCACAGUUCAGUUCCUAACAUUACAGUGGUGCAGUCCUACUGUACGCACAGCGAUGAACCUUACCUCGGUAACAGCUUUACUCUGCGCCUUCAGCUGGAUCUCUGUCUCAGUUUCUCAGUUUCACACUGUGGAGGUCCAGUCUGGAGAAGAAGUCACACUGAUGUGCACCAACUUCACCGUUCUUAUCACUCAUAUAUCCUGGCUUAGACUGGGAAACGAACCCAACGCCAGCUGCAUCUCCUCCAUGUCUGGCUCUGAAAGCAAUGUUUCGUACUAUGAUGGAUUUCAAAAUGGAAAAUUCAGUAUGAGCUCCAACACCACUACCCUCUUUCUCAAGAUCAAACCAGUGGAUUUAUCUGACUCUGGACUCUAUUUCUGUGGAUUCUACUUAAACGGAACGUCAGUCAUUUUCACUGCAACAUAUUUAAAAGUUCGAGAGUCUGAAGAACAAACAGAUCUGACGAGUUUGAUCCUGGCUGGUCUGAUUAUUGUCCUCAUUCUAAUCAUCAUUGUUCUGGUUUUCAUAAUCAGGAAACUUCAUACAGCUCAUAAAGAGGGACAGAAUCCACAACACAGUGAGAAUCCAGGCUCUAAUGACCUGAACUAUGCUGCGCUGAAUUUCCCUCCAAAAGCAAAAAGAAACCAAAGACCUGUGUCAGAGAGAAAGAUGGAGCCAAAUGUCGUGUACGCUGCCACCAGAUAGACUCAGGAAACCACUGGAACAGCAGCUCAGAGUGGAGCUGAUGCUUUAUCACCUCAUUAUGUUAUUUUGGGGUUUUGUGUAGUUGGGGGAUGGGAUGAGUGACCAUCACUGUCAAAACAUUUUGGAAUAAAGUCUCUAUGUUCAUGCAAACUUU